AUGGCGGGGCGAGGACUUGGGCUCAGGAGACGGACCGUUUCAGGGUCUCCACUCCCGCCACGCGUUCAGCAACCUGCUACACCUCGACAAGACUUCCUCGCGAAGGAGGAAGAAUAUAAGCGUUUAAAUGCAGAAUUAGAGGCAAAAACAGCUGAUCUGGUUCGACAAGCUGAGGAAGCAAUAAGAGAUCAGCAAGAAGUACAAUCUCAGCCUAUUUCAACACAGAUUAAAUCAUAUGAAGAGGAAGAUGAUUAUAGUUCAAGAGGUCUGUUAUCUGAAGGGUCAGUUCAUCUACAUUCAGAAACUCAGCCAAAGACCAGAAACAUUGAUCCAGUACACAAGGUUCAAAAAAAGCUACACUCUGCAAAUAAAGGAAGGAAAAAUUCAAGUCUAAGAUUGAAAUACUCUGACAUACCAACUGCCGAUGAUGUUGCCAUUCCAGAGGAUUUCUCAGACUUUUCUCUUGCAAAAACAGUUAGCAAAAUUGAAGUGCAACUGGAAGAAGAAGGCUUACCUGAUUAUAUAGAUGAUGAUAUUUUUUGUGGUGUUAGUAAAGACAUUGGAAAAGAAGCACAGAUCAGAUUUCUGAAGGCCAAACUCCGUGUUAUGCAGCAGGAAUUGGAUAAUAUUGUAUGUGAAUGCAAUAAAAAGGAGGAUGAAAUUCAGGAUUUAAAAUCUCAAGUAAAAAAUUUUGAGGAAGAUUGUGUGAGACAGCAGCGAACAAUUAAUUUACAACAGUCUCAGACUGAAAAAUAUAAAACUCUUUUUGAAGAAGCAAACAAAAAAUGUGAUGAAAUACAGCAGCAGCUGUCUUCAGUAGAAAGGGAAUUAGAAAAUAAAAAAAGACUACAAAAACAAGCUGCCACUAUCCAAAGUGCCACAGAAGUUCGCUUGAAUAGAGCUCUAGAAGAAGCAGAAAAGCAUAAAUUGGAGCUAAAUAAAUUAAGGCAAAAUAACAAGGAUAUGGCAAAUGAAGAACACAAAAAAAUUGAAGCAUUAAAAUUAGAAAACAAGAAACUAGAAAAACAAAAAGGAGAAUUAAUGCUAGGCUUCAAGAAACAAUUAAAAUUAAUUGAUGUUUUAAAAAGGCAGAAGAUGCAUAUUGAAGCUGCCAAGAUGCUGUCUUUCACUGAAGAGGAAUUUAUGAAGGCGCUUGAAUGGGGAAAUUCUUAA